AUGAUGUCCGGUGGGACGAUGGACGUAAAUCAAUUCUCAGUGCCUGGGUCGAUGGCCAUGCCGCCGCAAAAUAUAAUAACAGUAAUUGAUACUGAAUGUAAUGGACCAGAAAAUUUAUGCAAACAGAUCCCGAGUUACGGUCAACCGAGCCCACUACUCAACGAUCCGCCAGCUGCCAUUCAAGAGCGCACCAAGAAGCGAUUAGAUAAAUACAGAGAGAAUGCGAAGCGCAAGGAGUCCGGCCACGAUCACCAGGUCAAUCAUCUCCUGGUCAAGGAUUUGAAAGAGACCGAGAAGUACCACCAGAAAGUGAAUGAACUGAAGACGAAGCGCAAGAGCGGCCGGGACAGGAAAGACAACGAGAAGAAUUCCAAUGGACUUAGACCUGACGAGCAAAAUGCGAUUAUGAAGGGGAUUCGCGAAAACAUGAAAGAGAACAAGAGAAUGAGCAGAAAGGCAAAUUCUUUGGUGUUUGGCGCUGGUCAAUCAAAGGGUCACGUGGCCACAGCUCCUGUAGUUGCUCACCCGAUGUUCCAGUCUCAAGUGACUCCGACCCCCUUCGGGCUUGUAGACAACGAGAUCCAGCUGAAGCUCGACCCGGAUAGACUGAACUCAUUUUCCGAUUUGAAGCAAGACGACAUCGUGGCGAUUCUUGGCUCGCAAUCCAUGGCGAACCAGAGCGAGAAUCAUGCGCACACGAGCGCACACGCCGCGGGGCAUAUCGGCCCUUCGGCACUCAGCGACAACUUUUUGCAACAACAAGGCGGUGCCACUGGGGACGGAUCGAUCAAGCAAGAACACAGCUCAGGUUCUCCACUCUACCACGACAUGCAGCCGAGUAUGAGCCACGCGCAAUCAUCGUCUUAUCAUCCCAGCGUGAGCCAGAGCUUUGCUGCUGCUCAUCAACAAGCCGCUGCUGCCAGAUGGGGCUACGGGGCCACGCAAAUGACAUAUCAGACGUCUACGCAGCAUGCAGUCGACCCUCGCUUUUUGGGUCAGCAAAUGAUUCACCAGCAGCAGCACUUUCCCAACCACAGUUCCGCAUAUCAGUAUCCCCAGGGCGAUUACCCGUACCCAAUGUAG